AUGAAGGUUCACGGUGCUUUAAAAAUCUUAACUUCUUACGAGAAGUUACAUCCAAGAAAUCUUAUCCCGGAGCUUUGUAGACUGUUUUAUGGUUUAGGCUGGGUAACAGGAACUGGUGGAGGAAUCAGCUUGAAACAUGGGAAUGAAAUCUACAUUGCUCCUUCAGGAGUCCAAAAGGAAAGAAUACAGCCAGAAGAUAUGUUUGUUUGUGACAUGAACGAACAAGACAUCAGUGGUCCUCCACCACACAAGAAACUAAAGAAAAGCCAGUGCACACCUCUUUUUAUGAAUGCCUACACUAUGAGAGGGGCAGGCGCAGUAAUCCAUACUCAUUCCAAGGCUGCUGUUAUGGCUACCCUUCUUUACCCAGGGAGCGAGUUCAGUAUUACCCAUCAGGAGAUGAUAAAAGGAAUCCAGAAGUGUACUUCAGGAGGCUAUUACCGAUAUGAUGAUACACUAGUGGUUCCCAUUAUUGAGAAUACACCAGAAGAGAAGGAUCUCAAGGAAAGAAUGGCACAUGCUGUGGAAAAAUACCCGGACUCUUGUGCUGUAUUGGUCAGACGUCACGGAGUUUACGUAUGGGGAGAAACAUGGGAAAAAGCCAAAACGAUGUUUCUUACAUGACGAUGGGAGUUCCAGAUUCCACCUCACACUGUUAAAACCAGAAGGGGGAGCUGUUAUACUCGGCUGAUUGACAGAUGUCAGCAGUCAGUUUUGACUGUUAAACACAUCCAAGAAGAAAAGGAGACUUAAAAGAAAAAUGCUGAACAAUCAUUACCAUUUAUGAAUCCUGUCAACUGCUACAGUAUUGAAUGAAAAUACAGGAAUGAAAAUUCAGAUGCAAAAAAAGAUUUUGAAAAAAGCUAUGGAGAACUAAUGUGACAUUUUGUUUGCAUGCUUUAAAAAUUCCUAUUUCAACAACCUGCAUUUGUUGAUCCUGCUCUACUGCUACAUCAUUUAACUUGUUCUAGGUCUCCAUUUCUGAAAGUUAUAGUAGUCUUUAUUCUUGGGGAAAAAAAGUGAGGACAACCUCUUAAUUAGAAGUCAGGUAUAAAGUUUAAAGCAUUGUUUGAACUGUUGAUUCAUUCAUGCCGUGCUAAUAGGAUUUUUUUUAAAUUAAGCCUGUAGCAUAUGUAUUUUUAAAUUCUCUUAAUUGUCAUUAUAAUGAGUGGGAAACACAUAAUUUUAUAGCGUGCAUUUAGAAGUUGUUACUGAGAGACUGCUCUGGGUCUUGUCUGUUUUUUACUUCUUUAAAUUAAUUCACUUUCAAUAAGAUUUUGUUUACUACAACUUUAAAAUGGCUUUUUAUGACCUAUGAUUAGCCAGUCUAAGGUAGAUUUAAUCAAACUGCUCAUUAAAAUACAGUCUCACAU